AUGUUCCAUCACUUUGACUGCAGCGUUUUCUCGUUUCGCAUGGCACUCCUCCUUGAUCCAUCUGAUCGCUAUGUCAUAUUUAAUUUUGGAAGCGCCCUUUAUCAGAUUAAUUCUAGGAUGCGCCGUUUCGGAGAUAAGCUUGCUAUGGACGAUCUUCGACGCAAAUAUGCGGAUUGUCGUAUACGUGGCCUUCUGGAAGAAAGUGGCCGCCAUUUUGCAACAUGCGUACUGCGCUUGCCGGAUGGUGAUGUGGACAAGUGGCGAUGCCACUAUUUUUUGGCGAAAAUUGCUGAAAAGCGAAACGAUAAACUGGAAAAUAUUUUCUUCCACUAUCACGAAUCAGCUCGUCAACUGGAAGCUGCCGGUGUACAGUACCCGAAUCGUAUCAGUUUGAAAAAACAGGAACAUGCUGAAGCGAUUGAGGUAAAUACAUCAAAAUUUUACUUUCACAGUCACAUUCUAUCACUUAAGCGCAUUCUGUUACUAGAUCCGGGGUUUAUCUUCGUCGUUUACAGAACGAAUGUGUCUGGGAUAUUAUAA